AUUCCGAGAGCGCCCCUGGGUAGUUUUUUUCGGAAGCUUCUUUGGCUCAGGAGAGGAGCGGUGGGCGCUGACGGCAGCAGCCGAGACCAUGUUCCGCCUUGAGGGUCUGGGGCCCAAGCUGGACCCGGAGGAGCUGAAGCGCAAAAUGCGCGAGGACGUUCUCUCUUCGAUCCGCAAUUUCCUCAUCUACGUAGCCGUGCUGCGCAUCACUCCAUUUGUUUUAAAGAAGCUGGACAGCAUAUGAUAGUAAGAGCUUCAAGGAUUGCCUACAUGGAAGACCAAGCUGGACUGAAUGCUUUUCUAAGAACAGACUAUAGAAAAGUGACUCCAGAUCCUAACAGAUGAUCCUGAACAUUUCCAUAUGAAGAUUGUUGAGCAGCUGAAAAAGUAAAAUAUUUUUGUCACUUUUCUUUCCGUGUGCCAGACUUGUGUUCUUGCCUUCAUGUUGGUGCAAUCUUUUUCUUAUUCCGAGCUUUUAAUCAGGCCUAAUUUUGGAAAGCUGCUAAAUAUGCAUUGGAAUAUAAUUAUAUCUGAAGUAUUAAUAGUGAUAUUGUUGUCACUAUACAGUCUCUCAUGUAAAACCUUAUGGAUAUAUCCUGAAAGAUUAAAAUAAAUGGAAUAUAUAUAUUAAUGAUAGUGUUCUGCAAUAUUUCCAGUCAGAUUAGUUAAACUACUUCUUUCAUACUGCAUCCUUUUUGUUAAAUUCUGACACCUCGAGAAAAAAAAACCCAUACAAGCAUUGUGCUUGAAGCUUUUCAAAAGAUCAAAACCAGGUAAUGCUAAAUUGACCCAAAAGCAAAGCUGACUACUCUUCCUGUUUGUCUUGUUUACGAUAACACUCAGUUUUGUUAAGCAAUCAACCCCCCCACCCCCC